AUGACUGGAAUUCGCUGUGAACUUUAUGUGGAUGGUGAUAACGUACUCUUUGAAAGUCCACCAGGAAUGGUCUUCGAGCAAGAGAAGUCCACUCAAAUUGAAGCGAAACUUAAAGCUCUUGAACUUUCAAGGUGUGAAGGAAUACAAGUUUUCCUUGGUACUAUUCGAAAGGGCUAUAAAACCCAUAGAGGCCCAACUCAAUACUAA